AUGGACGUCGCAAAAAAGGCUCGUAAGGUGCAACGCACGCUUUUUACCAGAUGUUUGAACAGUUUCCAGGAGAAGUGCGAGAAUGCGAAUAUUUCGUUGGCCGAUCGUCACGUCGCAUUACAGUUACUUGAGUCGCGAUAUUCAGAUCUCGAAUCAACAAGUAAUAAGUACGUCGAGAUGAUUUUCGAGUCUGAGGCGAGUGAGGAUGAAAUAACGGCCGAAAUAGAAUCUCAUGAAGAAUACAAACUCAAGUUUUUACAAGCAAGAUCGAGACUGUUUAGUGUAGUGCCGGGAAAUGCUGCUUUUGCAGCGGCGGCGGCACCGAUUCUUAAUGAGCACGCGACUCCGCGAAACGAUAAACCGUUCAAGCGUCCAACGUUAGAAAUUCCGAAAUUUGGUGGCAGUGUCGAAAAGUGGUUACAGUUUUGGUCGCAUUUCCGAAAAAUUCACGAGGACAGAGCCAUUACUGAUGAGGAUAAAUUAGAGUACUUGAAACAAUCGAUGGAAAGGGGUUCUAAAGCUGAGAGCAUCGUCAGUGGUUAUCCGACAACAGCCGAAAAUUAUCAAAAGGCAUUUGACAGUUUAAAAAGCCGGUUUGGUCGUGACGAUUUGCUAAUUGAAUUUUAUACACGUGAACUGCUUUCGUUAGUUUUAAAUAACGCAUCCAAUCAUGGCAAAAAAGUUGAUGUGUCGUGUAUUUAUGACAAGCUUUCGGCCCAUAUUCGUGCAUUGGAGACUCUAGGCGUUACAACGAAUAAUUGUGCGACGAUGCUUUAUCCUUUGGUAGAAUCCUCAUUACCUGAGGAAAUUUUACGAACUUGGCAACGAAGUGAAUCAAAUAGUGAAAAUGCAGCUGAUGGAGAAGAGAGGAUGGACCGACUUUCGAGGCUUCUACAAUUUCUAAGGAUAGAGGUAGAGAGUGAGGAGAGAAUCAAUAUGGCCAUGCAUGGUUUUGCCAUUAACGUCGAAUCAGGGAAAAAGAAGACGUCGAAGGACGAGUCUAGAAGCAGGACAUCAGUUCCAGAAUUGGCAACAGGUAGCGUUUUAUUUGCCAACGAGGAUAAGCGUAAGAAAUGUAUUUUUUGUAAUAAUGUUCACGAUAACGCGGCUUGCGAGAAAGCCAAGAUAUUUUCGUAUGACACAAUUUGUAGCAUGAUUCGCGAAAAUAAUUGUUGUUUUAGGUGUUUGAAAGUUGGUCAUGCGGCGCGAAAAUGUAGAGUAAGAAUAAAUUGUUCAAAGUGUGGUAAACACCACUCGGCUCUUGUUUGUCAAGGUGACACUCGUGGCGCGGAUUCAAUGAACACGAGUAAAAAAGCAGAAUCAUUAAACGUGACUAAGGAACAGAAUCUUGCUAGUUUUUCUCGUUCGCCUGACGUAUAUAUGCAAACAAUACGUGUUGUUUUGUAUUCUGACUCAAAAGAAAAGGAAGCUAGAGUGGUCAUUGACAGUGGCUCGCACAGAUCUUAUAUUCGCUCUGAUGUAGCUAAGUUUUUAGGUUAUAAGCCUAUCGCAACUAAAGAAGUGACUCAUUCCUUGUUCGGGGGUUUAAAUACGGAAAGCCAGCAACAUAACAUUUUUUUAAUUCGAAUGAGAAAUCGCGACAAUCAAUACGCAUGCAAUUUUGAGGUUAUGGAUCAGCAAACUAUUUGUGAAAAUAUUCCUAGUGUAAAGAAAACGGGUUUUAUUGAGGAAUUAGAGAGAAAUAAUAUUUUGCUUUCCGAUUUAACACCAGAACAUGGAAAUUUAGAUAACUCUAUCGAUGUAUUGAUUGGUGCGGAUGUGGCAGGAAAACUUAUGACGGGGAACAAAUUUGAAAUGAGCAACGGUCUUGCGGCAUUUGAGACCAAAUUAGGUUGGGUUCUCAUGGGUAAAAAUCCGGCGGCCGAGCGAUCCGAUGCAGCCACUGUCGCGAUGUCGAUGUUUGUAAAAGAUGCAAAAAUUGCUGAUCUGUGGAGUCUUGAUAUUUUGGGUAUUAAAGAUCCAAUUGAAAAAACAAGUCAAAUAGAAAAAGAACAAAUUUACGAUCAAGUAUUUAAGGAAUGGCAAGACGAAGGAAUUAUUGAACCUGUAGUUGGUGAGUCGGGUUCCGCAUGUCAUUACCUACCUCAUCGCCCGGUAGUUAAAGAGGCAAGCACAACAAAAAUACGACCAGUAUUUGACGCAUCGGCAAAUGUCGCUGGUUUUCCCUCUUUGAAUCAAUGCCUUGAAAAAGGUCCGAAUUUAAUUGAGUUGAUUCCCGCGACUUUGUUAAGAUUUCAAGAACACGAGAUAGCUGUUUUGGCUGACAUUCGCAAGGCAUUCUUACAGAUCGGAAUAAAUGAACAGGAUCGCAACUAUUUGCGUUUUCUUUGGUUGGUUGACGAUGAAAUAAAAAUUUUUCGGCAUAGACGUGUAGUAUUUGGUUUAAAGUGUAGUCCGUUUUUGUUGGGAGCCGUUUUAAAAUUACACUUUUCGAAUUUGUUGCAAGCAGCAAAAGACGGUAAGGGGUCAUGGUCUUGUGAAAUUAUCGAAAAAUUAUCAAAAUCCUUUUACGUGGACAAUUGCACAACGAGUGUAGAAUCGAAAGAAAAAUUACAGGAUUUUAUAAAGUCGGCUAAAGAAAUGAUGGCACUCGGUAGUUUCGAUCUGAGAGAAUGGGAAUACACACGAGAUGACUCAGAUAAAGAAUCGACUUUAGUACUUGGUCUUUUGUUUAAUAAGAUACGCGACACGAUUUCAGUAAACCCAGCUUUAUUAAAAGAUGAAGGUGACACGGUAGUCACUAAACGCUCUAUUUUAUCGGUCGCACACAAGGUUUUUGAUCCAAUUGGUUUCACUUCGCCUGUAACUUUGUUGCCAAAACUGUUGUUAAAAAAUUUAUGGAAGCAAAAACUUGAUUGGGACGAUCCGGUAGAUAAGGACACGCAAAAGGCUUUUUUAAAUUGGAAAGAACAAUUGUCGUAUUUGGAAAAAAUUGAAGUAACGAGAAAAUUUGGCACUGGGGAUUUUUCGAUUCACACUUUUUGUGACGCAAGCAAAUCUGCUUAUGCGACAGUUACUUUUUUACGCGUAAAAGAUAGAGAAAAUGUGAAUUUAAUUUUUCUUGGUGCCAAAAGUCGAGUUGCCCCGGAUGGCAUGUCAAUUCCGCGAUUGGAAUUAUUGGCCGCGUCUAUAGGUGCUCGUCAAACUAAAGAGAUAGUAGAUGCUUUGGAUUAUUCUCAUGUCCCCAUUUUUUUUUGGUCAGAUUCGACCACCGUUUUGGCUUGGGUGAAGAGAGAUAUCCAAUGGGCCGUAUUCGUAUGGAAUAGAGUAAAGGAAAUCAGACUCAUUACUUCAUCAGCCACUUGGAAAUACAUGCCGGGUGAGCUAAAUCCUGCCGAUUUACCGUCACGCGGGUGUCAGGCAAAACAGCUGUUAGACUCGCGUUGGUGGGAGGGGCCUGAUUGGUUACGUCGCGAGGAAAUCGACUGGCCUUGUUUGAGAGAAGAAGUGAAUGAGGAUGAGGUUCGUGUUGAGGUGCGGAAGUCUGCUCAAAUUGCAUUACUAAAUGCAGAUGAUCAAAUAAAUUUUAGCAUUGUUGAUAAAUUUUCAUCCUAUAAUAAAAUGAUUCGAUUUUUCGCGAUAAUGUUAAAGUUUAAAAAUUAUAAAAUUAACGGCGAGCUCACAAACGGAAAAAAGUUGACGUUUAACGAGAUUUAUAAAACAGAAAAGCAAUUUUUGAAAGUCUUACAGAACGAUAUGUUUUGUCACGAAAAUAAAGAGAAAUUGUCGACCUUACCAACUUUUGUGCACUCUGAUGGUCUAAUUCGUCUCAAAACAAAAAUUGUAGAACGUGACGAUAGUUUCAGUUUUUUAUGUCCAAUCGUACUUGAUUCAAAUAAUCAAGUGGUCAAAUUACUCAUCCGAGAGACUCACGAAAUCAUGGGUCACGCGGGAGUUCAAUCGGUCAUGUGUCAACUCCGUGAAAAAUUUUGGAUUUUUUCUUCGCGUAAAGCGAUACGUUCUAUCAUAAAGAAAUGCGUUACCUGUAAUAAAUAUAAUUCGAAACCUAUAGAGGUACAUCCACCGCCUUUACCUAUACAUCGUGUCAAGGAUGCGGCAGUAUUUGAAGUAAUUGGUGUUGAUUUUGCGGGCCCAGUUUUUUUACGCGGCCAAAAGAAGGCGUGGAUUUGUCUCUAUACAUGUGCCAUUUAUCGAGCAGUUCACCUUGAACUGGUGACAUCUUUAUCGACUAAUGAUUUUUUAGGAAGUCUUCGUAGAUUUAUCGGACGUCGAGGUAGACCUGCUAUUGUUUACAGCGACAACGGUACAAAUUUUGUCGGCGCCGAGAAUGCUUUUGAAAAUUUGAAUUGGGACGUCAUCGCUACUUACAGUCAGGCUCGACAAAUUGAUUGGCGAUUCAAUCCGCCAACUGCCUCAUGGUGGGGAGGUUGGUGGGAGCGUUUAAUCGGAAUGAUGAAAAUUAUUCUUCGAAAAGUCUUAGGAAAAGCGUGUCUCACCUACGAAGAAUUGUACACCGUACUAUGUGACUGCGAAUUAACUUUAAAUUCUAGACCUUUGACUUACGUGUCUGAGGAACCGUAUGAUCUUAAGCCUCUAACUCCUGCGAUGUUUUUGCAUGAUCUCAGACAAAGCGAAAUGCCCGAUCUCGAUAUAAUUGACAAACUCGAUUUUAACUCUAGAUUUAAACGUAAGCAGGAAAUUAUGGAACAUUUACGAAAUAGAUUCCGAAAAGAAUACUUAAGUCAACUAAUAUCAAGGUUUAAUUCCAAAGAGAUUCGAAAAUUAAAAAUCGGCGAUGUUGUACUCGUAGGAGACGAUACUCACAAGCGUAAUGAUUGGCCUCUGGCUCGUGUUGAAAAAUUGAUCAAGGGUAAAGAUGGUACGCAACGCGUUGUCUAUUUAAAAACGAAAAAUGGAUUUUUGAAGCGCCCAAUACAACGUGUCUAUCCAUUGGAAUUAAAUUAUUCUUGUGAAGACGAAAUUGCGACUAUGCGAAAUAAAAUUUCUGACAAACCUGCGAGUGAGUCUAUUGUAACCGCGGAAGAUUAUAAAUCUGUGACAUCGAAGGAAACAGAAUGCAAAACUCGUAGUGGUCGAGUUGUUAAGAAACCAAACUUUUUCAAAAAUUGA